AUGACUCCUGGCUCUGGAAUGAAAGAAGAAAACAAUGUAGCUAAGCUCAUUUAUAAUAGCUUUGCUCAGUACCUAGUCAAGGAGAAAGGGUAUGAUAAGGAAUUGCUUACUGUUACCCCAGAGGAUUGGGAUUUCUGUUGCAAGGGUUUGGCAUUGGAUCUGGAAGAUGGGACCUUCAUUAAACUUGCGGAUAAUGGCACCGUGCUCAGGGCAAGCCGUGGCACUAAGAUGAUGACUCCAGAGGCCCUGGCAGAGGCAUAUGGCAAGAAGGAGUGGAAGCAUUUUGUGUCUGACACUGGUGUGCCUUGCCAUUCAGGAAAAUAUUACUUUUACGAUAAUUACUUUGACCUGCCAGGAGCUCUUCUGUGUGCCAGGGUGGUGGAUUCCUUAACAAAGCAGAACAGUGAUCAAAAAACAUUUGACUUUUGGAAGGAUAUAGUCGCUGGUAUACAACACAAUUUUAAAAUGUCAGCUUUUAAGGGUAAGUAACAAAGAGAGGCUUUC